UCCAGAUUAUACCGAACAGAAAGGAUCCAUCUUUCAGUCAGGCCAUCGACGUCCUGUACAGAAGGAUCCCGAUAUGCAAUCCCGACCAGACAGUCCCAAGCAAUAAUCGGUGAGAGGGUCUUCGUCACACAGCAUCGCACAGCCGACUUGGCUGCUGCUGCUGCUGCUGCUUCUUGCUUGCUGCAUUAUGCAUCCCCCGGCCACCGUCUCUUUCGCUGCACCAACACAGUGUUGUCGUUGUCGAGUCUAUCACCGGGAUAGGUAGCUAGCAAUGCCGAUCCAUCCCAAUUAAUUCUCACUUGGUCCUCCCCCCCCCUCUUCCUUUUCGCAUUUCUCGCGUAUGCGCCCAUAUGGGGUCCGCUGGGACAUGGAUCUUGAUUGGGGUCCCCAGAUCCCCUCCUCUCCUUCCCCUCCUCCUCCACGGCUGGCUUUGGAUGCCCGUUCUCGGGUCAGGGUAUUUUCCCUGGCUAGCUGGGGAGGAGGAUUUGAUUACCUCUCGUGCGGAGAAAACGGGAUACCACCACGGGCCAGAAAAGGCUUUUUCAUUUACCACGGUUUCGGCUCAAUUGCCCCCUUAGGGUCACAUUCGGCCCUCUCCGGGUGGUUCUGCAUGACGGUACAUCCUCGGAAUGGCAGUCCUCAGCGCAGAGUCAAUCUUGUGUACCAACUAAAAUCAAAUCGUUGACGUCUCGCUUGACCCAGGUUCAGAUUUCGUCUUGCGCGUCUCGGC